CUCCGGGCUGCCAGAAUGACUCCAGCUCUGUGCGCGGCGCCAGUCCGUGUCAUGUUCCGGCUGUGUCUCUGGGUCCCACGGCCCCCUGCUCACGUGGCAACUACUGUGGCUACUCGUCCAGGCAGCUCAGCCUCUGGAGUGGGUCCAGGACCCGCUGCAGCUGAUCUCCGACGCCCUGUGGCGGAUGAGCCCUUGUCUUCCCGCUCCUCCGAUCUCCCACCCGAAUCGCCCCAUGCGCUUACCCUCCCGCCACCUCGCAGACCCGGGGGCUUUGAACAUCUGGGGUCCUCUGCUUCCUCCCAGAUGUCAGCUCCGGCUCAGGAAUUGACUGAGACUUUGACCAAGACUUUGGUUCCAUUCCUGGACACGGAUUCAGUUGGAGAGCUGCCCCCGUGGCCACAGCAGUUCCUUGCUGCACACCAGAAUCUGAAUGACAAGCUGACUCGGCAAGAAAGGCUCCCAGAGGUGGUCCCAAUGCUGGACUGGGAUCAGAACCAGGCCCUAGCUCGGCCUCUUUGCCUCAAAAGUAAGGUUAAAACUGCAAAUCUAGAUCAGCUGCAGAUCAUCAGGCAUAUGAAAUACUUAUUCUACCUCUAGAUAGAAUUCAAAAGCAACGAAGCUUAUUGUUUGGCCCAAGAACCUGAAGAAAGGUCUACCUCAGCAUGGAGGCUUGCUAAGGUUGUGGCUGGAACUUCCACAUCGAUUUGUAUCAAAACCUCAGUGUCAGAAACAAACUUUGCAGGAUAUUUAAAUUCAAGUAUGAAUAUACUGUAUCCAGGCACCCUGUCCCCAGAACUCCAGGUGAACUCAGGGCCUCCUGAGCAAGUUGGACUUUUUCAAUUUCAUCUAGAGCCAGAAACCCAAAAUCCAGAAACCUUGAAGAAAUCCAGUCCUCUUCACUCCAGCAAGAAGCCCCAGAGCAGCUUCCACAGCUCCCUGGGGAGGUAGAACCUUCUUCAACCCAGGAGGAGGUCCCAGCUCUGCCUUCACAGUCCCUUGAGAGGGUUCACUCUACUUCAACAGAGCAGGAGGCCCCAGCACAGCAGCUACCCGCCUCUGAAGAGACUGUAGCUCAGCCAUCAAUACAUCAUGAGGCAAAUGUCUCAUUUAAAAGUUGGAGUGCAUCCUGGCUAACACGGUGAAACCCCGUCUCUACUAAAAAAUACAAAAAACUAGCUGGGCGAGG